GAAAGGAAUGUUUAUUGUAGCAAAUUGAAAUUCUUUUCCUAUCUUCUACAUAUAACUAGCAUAAUGGGUGCCUGUAUCUCGUGUCUAUUGGAUACAUUCUACAAUAAUAAUGAUGACGAAUUCAAUGAAAACUCAUCUUUACUAAGGAACAACAAUAAUGGACUCUAUUCUAAUGAUUACCUACAACAAGAGGAAAUAUUGAAGCAACAACAAAGACAACAAGAGUUGAAUUCAAUUGUUAAUGAUUUGAAUGAGAAUUUGAUUGAUGUUAGUUCGUUUUUAAAUACUGGUGUACCAUCUUCCAAUUUAUCCCAUUCUCAUGUAUUAUCAACUCAUCUGAAUACAAAUCUUCAAAAUUCGACGGGAAAUAUAGCUGAUUCAAUUGAAGUUAGUCAAUCCAAUAAUGACUCAUCAUUUAAUCCAAAUUUACCAUAUACAUAUUCAUCCACUGAAAAGUUGAAAGUCUUGCAACAAGUCAAUGACCUUGAUCAAAAUAUAGGCAAUAGUUGUAAAGUGGUAUUAAAAGAACCAUUAUUUUUAAAUUUCUAAAACCUUUAAAUUACGAUCAACUAAUUUUUUGCAUAUUUGCCUUUUACUUCACUUCUUAAUUGCAUUUUAUAUUCUUUCUUAACUAUUUAAUAUAUUAUUUCGUAUUUUAAGUAUUCAUGUAGACUAAAUUAGUUAUUCCUGCACUUAGAC